AUGAUUGUAAAAUAUUUUCCUUGUAUCAGUGCUAGUCAACUAUGAAUGUUUUCGUUCGCCUUGUGGCCCGGACGUGGUUCCACGCAGACAGGAGUGUCUGUUCGAGAGACCCCGGCGCCGGUUCUAGCUGUGGUGGGUGUAUGUUUGAUCUCAGGAUGGUGCAUAUGGUUGUUUCUAUGACAUAAUUACACUGUCAGAUAAUUUUCACUAUCAACGACAAUGUGCAGAUUCGACUCGAUAUCAAGCUUCGUUCUAGCCUUCAUCGCUUUGAGCAGUUUCGUCAUGGCGUAUCCAAGGAUCAGGAGGACGGUCAUUUUCAUACUCGCCGCCGUGAGAACCAGAAAUCCCGCCGUAUAUUACACGAUGAUCCAAUCGAGGAUAAGACGGACGGGUCAUGUACGAAGCGUUGAAGAGAUGAAAUAUGCACACGAGACACUGAUCGGAAAAUAUGAAGCGAGGAGACUACUUCAGAGACCUAGGCAAAGAUGGGAGAAUAUUAUUAAAAUGGUUAUAUGGGUGCGGACUGGAUUCAACUGGCUCAAGGUUAAGGUGGCACGUCAGGCGCCAAGUCCCGAGGAGGCGCUGGGGUUGCCUAGCAACGCGACGUCCAUCCGCUCAGAAAUCACCGAUUCGUUCUCGUGUGAGUCGCGGAUCUACGGCUACUACGCGGACGUUGACAACGAAUGUCAGGUGUUUCACGUCUGUCUGCCGGUCCAGUACGCCGACGGCAAGGAGCAGACCUUCAAGUGGAGCUUCAUCUGCCCUGAAGAAACUCUCUUCAAUCAGGAGAGCUUCACGUGCACGCGGCCAGAAGACGCAGUAGCAUGUGAAGAGGCACCGCAGUACUACAGCCUCAACGAAGGUUUUGGCCAGACCGACCGACCGGCCGAACCAUCGCCAUCCCCAGCAGCAACAGAAACGGUUCCCCAGUAACAAACGCGACUGUACCUUGCGACGAAAAUUUACUAAGCUGACAGUACUGGCAAUGUUGAUGCAUUACUCGAAUAAAUCACUCACACACGGGCUUUUGCGUAUUUUAUGUACAGAUUGAGGCACCUCAAGAGUUACAAGCAAUGUACAUGGAAACGGCGAAACAAAUGGACUGAAGACGACUGUGUUCUGGUACGUUGCGCCGUGUCGUCUGAUAGAAAUUUACCGACAUUUGAGACAUACCUGCUGUCCCCAUCGUCAGAGCAAUUAUAUCUUCGAUGACAGAAGAAACAAGUAUCUCUGAAACGUCGAUAAAUUUCUUCCAGACAAUACGACGGAACACAGCCAUCUUCAUUCUCGCUGCUAUGUGAACCUGAAAUCUCAAAUACAAAUGCACUGUAUUCAUUGGCGAAUACGAUGGUAUAUCGUGGUAUAAAACUACAAUGGCAGAACGUCACUGUGACGCACACGUGUCAGUGCUGUAAUUACACGUGUAACACAUUGCGUUAUAUCAGCCACAGCGUCCAGAAUGAUUAUAUAAUAAAAGUAUGUGUAUAAAGUGAAAGUAUAUACAAAUUUCAUCAGACGAUUCUGAUGUAUUUUGUAUUUUUAGACAUCCAUAGGCAUUAGCUUCAAAUCUCUACAAGCUCACAAAAAAUUAUUGCGAAAGACCCUCAUUUUCACUUUUGGAAUAAGAUAGCGCGGAUACAACAAUGACAAAAUCACGGCAUGUUACCUCACUGCAAAAGACUCGGUUUACCUUAAGGAUGAGCAAUGUUGCUUGAUUUUUCCUUAUAAACGUACUCAUCUAAUUACUACAAUAAUAGACUCUAUAGUUGUAGGGCUCAAUUAUAAAUUGUACAACCUUCUAAUUCAAAUAGCGCGAGUAUAUUUAUGGCAUGUAGGUGUACAUUUGUGUUCUGUCAUAUUCUGAAAGUGUCGUUCUUUUGUAAAAGGAAAGUAAUCUUGUCAUUUAAGCAGAGUUUCCAAUUUCCAGUUGACAGGCUGCAUUUUUACUAAAUUUUACUUAUCCUGGCUCAAGGACAGGUUCUUGGGGAUCAGAGAAUGGUAAUAUAUUUUUAGUUAAUAAACAGAAAACCAUGGGGUCUUAUUUUAUUCAUGAAUGAAGCACUUUCUUCCACUUUGUAGUAUGUAUCUCUCCACAGAAACUAAAACGGACAUUAGUGUUAGCGUUCAGUAUAAGAACACACAUAUAAUGUCGUUACAUGUCAGUACAUACUAUUUGAACUGUCACAUUUAAAAGUAUUUUGUCAUCCAUUAUUGUGCCAUCACUAUAUCUCACCCCCUCUCGUGGUCAUAAAACGAAUUUGACUGCCAAACCGAUGAUUCAUGAGAUCUUUAGGAUAUUAAUAUAGUGUCACAACUGUCUCUGUGACUACUAGGCCUAUGACAUUGUAAUACUUUGUUUCUGUUAGUGUCUACUGCUUCAUCGUAAAUCAUAAAUAAACCAUGUGGCGCCAAAUGAGA